AUGGAUCCAGAGUCCUUCUCUUGCUCGCAUCCAGGCUGUGGACGAACCUACCGGCGAAAGGAACAUCUUACACGACACCUCGCCAGCCAUCUUCAACCUUCUGCCGCAGCUUGUCCAUUCUGUGACAAGACCUUUUCUCGCAACGACACCCUCCGUCACCACGUCCGACACAAUCACCGCGACAAAAAACUGAAUUCCUCCAGAGCUCUCAAGGCCUGCGAUUACUGCCGGUCUCGCAGGACCCGCUGCGACGGAAGCGCCCCGUGCACACCUUGUCAGCAACGAGGGAUACAAUGCUCCCUGCAAAGCCAUCAAUCCAUACGACCAGAGCUUGAAUUCGAUAACAACAUCCCCAAAUACUCAUCUGCGUCGGCAGAGGCUUCUGAGAUCUCAAUUCCCCCACAAGACCCACCUGUGCCCGGCCAAGGCCCCAUCGAUAUCGAUCCCUACCUCGAAGCCUACUUCUCCAAAUUCCACCCCAUCUGGCCCUUUGUGCACCGUGCCACCUUCUACAUGGUCCACGAACCCCCGUUCCUCCUGCAAUCCAUCACGAUGAUCGGCCUUUGGGUCACCGAAGACACGAAGUCACAGCAAGCUGCAGUUGAGCUGCACCAAAGGUUGAGCUUAUCCAUUUACGAGCAAAGAGGAAGAUGGCAAACCCCCGACCCAUCCCCCAGCCACCAAUCUUGGCCAAUCGCCACCUACCAAGGCAUCCUCCUCAACAUCAUUUUCGCACUGAUCACCGCUCCCCCCAAUCCCCUCGACCUGCAGCUCACCCGCAAACUGCCAUCCCUUCAGUCAAAACUCCUGCUCGCGCUCAUCAAAACCUGCCGCGAAAAGGACAUGUUCUCGUACCACACGAUGCGCGCCCAAUUCGCACAGGACUCCGUGCCAGAGGUGUACAUCUGGCUUGGCAUUGAGGAAGUCAAGCGCUUCGCGCUGGCGCUGUACAGGGUUUGUAAGAUGGUAGGAGUGGAUGGGCAUGAGCCUCAGGACCGUGCAACCGCGCCAAACCUUCUCUCGCUGGCGGAGCUGCGAUUUGCGAUGCCCGAGCGGGACGGUCUGUGGGACGUGGGCUCGGAACUAGCGGAGUGGCUGGCGAGGGAGAAUGUGAGCGACUACGCGGAGAGGAAUCGCGAGGCAGAUUGGAUUUCGACUGCUGCGCGGGUGCUUUGUCGGGAGGAGGUGGGGUUUGGCUUGGUUUGA